AUGGAUGUACCCGUGGCAGCAAAUGUCCUCGGGACUAUCGGUGCUGUGUGCUGGUCUAUUCAGCUACUCCCGCAAAUUAUCAUCAACUACAGGCGACAUGAUACAGAGGGUCUGCAGCCCUCAAUGAUGCUGCUGUGGGCGGCAGCCGGUGUGCCUCUUGGAGUGUACAACAUCGUUGAGAAUUUCAACGUGGCACUUCGCAUACAGCCUCAAAUCCUGACAGCUCUCAGUCUGCUCACAUGGGCCCAGUGUCUGUACUAUGGGAAGAAAUAUACCAUCCCAAAAUGCAUCGCCGCCGUUGUUCCCCUUCUCGCAGGGCUGGGAGGCAUUGAAGUAGGAUUGGUGUUUGCCCUCAAAGCGGCACUAAAUCGUGACCUCAGUUGGCCAAUGACUUUAAUGGCUGUGCUUAGCGCCUGCCUGCUGGCUGCCGGUGUUCUUACACAUUACUGGGACAUCUAUGUUCACAGGACUGUGCGAGGGAUCAGUUUUUUGUUUGUGGGCAUUGAUGCUGCUGGGGACUUGUUUUCUCUGGUGUCUGUUUUAUUCGAACCAACCAUCGAUGUUCUCGGGAUGGUUAUCUAUGGCACCGAGCUAGCACUGUGGAUCGGCAUUUUCAUAUGUGGAGGGGUCUUUAACCUUCGGCCUUGGAUUCAGAGCCGAAGGAAGAAGCACCAUGAACAGGAGCAGGAACCUGUGUCUCUACAUGAGAUGCCAUCCUCGACUUCGGUAUUCCGAACUGUUUCGGGGUCGGAGGUCGUUGGUAGGAGACCGCGAACCCAUGCAUCCGACCCUUAA